GCGCUCUGUCACAGCAUGAACCUACACUUGCUGCGGGCGGCGCGCGCCGCGGUCCCGGCCGGGGCCAGGCAACUGCGCACCGCGGUCCCCCGCCGCCGCGGCGCCCGGGACUUCUUCCUGGGGACGCCGUUGAAGGAGGGAGCCUUCCCUUAUCCAGAGAUUACCAAUGAAGAAUUGAAAGAAAUCAAGCAAUUUGUAGGACCUGUAGAAAAAUUCUUCCGUGAAGAAGUGGACUCUAAGAGAAUUGAUCAAGAUGCUAAAAUCCCACCAGAAACGCUACGGGGACUGAAGAACCUGGGGCUUUUUGGCACGCAGAUUCCAGAGGAAUAUGGUGGUCGUGGUUUUUCGAAUACUAUGUAUACAUUCUUAGGAGAAAUAUUUUCUCUGGAUGCAUCUAUUGCAGUUACUUUGGCAGCUCAUCAAGCUAUCGGGCUUAAGGGAAUUCUGAUUGCUGGCACUGGUGAACAGAAAGCAAAGUACCUGCCUAAAUUGGCAUCUGGGGAGCAUAUUGCAGCUUUUUGCCUUACAGAAACUGGAAGUGGAAAUGAUGCCGCAUCCAUCCACACAAGAGCCAAGUUGAGUGAAGAUGGGAAAUACUUCUUACUAAAUGGUUCAAAGGUCUGGAUAUCAAAUGGUGGCCUAGCUGACAUUUUUACUGUUUUUGCAAGGACUGAGAUUGUUGAUGAAGAUGGCAUAGUGAAAGACAAAAUUACUGCCUUCAUUGUAGAAAGAGCCUUUGGCGGAAUCACAAAUGGGAAGCCUGAGGAUAAAUUGGGCAUUCGAGGAUCCGAUAGUAGGGAGCACUUUAAUUUUUUCUUAGAAAAUUCUUUUUCAGGUUUUCUUUAUUUAUCUGAAUCUAUCAGGGGAGGGUUUGAGGUAGCUCUGAAUAUCCUGAGUAAUUCAAGGAUUAGCAUGGGGAGUGCAUCUGUAGGAAUUAUUAAGAAGUUGAUAGAAAUGGCAGCAGAGUAUGCUUGUACAAGAAAACAGUUCGAUAAGAAACUGAGUGACUUUGGAUUAAUUCAGGAAAAGUUUGCUCUUAUGACUAUGAAGGCAUAUGUAAUUGAGAGCAUGGCUUAUCUCACUGCCAGAAUGAUGGACGGUCCAGGACUGCCAGAUUGUUCUUUGGAAGCAGCCAUGGUCAAGGUGUUUAGUUCUGAAGCUUGUUGGAUGUGUGUAAGUGAAGCGUUACAGAUUUUUGGAGCCCUUGGGUAUAUGAAGGAUUACCCCUAUGAACGUUAUCUCCGGGACAGCAGGAUCCUGCUGAUCUUUGAGGGAACAAAUGAAGUUCUGCGACCAUAUAUUGCUCUGACGGGUAUGCAGUAUGCCGGCAAAAUCUUAACUAAAAGAAUAAAGGAAUUCAGGAAACUGAAGGCUACAUUCAUGACAGCAUUUCUAGGACAAUUCUGGGACUCGAUAGGCAAAAAAGUUGAUUUAGGACUGGUUGGUGAUAAGGGUGUGAUGCAUCCCAGCCUAGAGGAAAGUGGCAAGCUACUUGAAGAAAAUAUAUAUUUUUUUGGAGUGACAGUGGAAGGCUUGCUGAGGAGGUUUGGAAAGACUAUAGUGGAUGAGCAGCUGGUUCUGAAGAAAGUGGCAGAUGUUGUAAUUCAUUUAUAUGCGAUGACUGCAACUAUUUCCAGGGCUAGUCGAUCAAUCAGUAUUGGUCUACGCAAUCAUGACCAUGAAGUGCUGCUUACAAACCUAUUCUGCAAAGAGGCAUAUUUCAAAAAUAAUUAUGCCCUAGCUGAGUUAGAAACAUAUUCUGAUGAAAAUAUGGACAACGGCAUUAAAAAAGUUGCAAGGUGGGUGUUGGAAAAAAGGGCAUAUACUUGUUCCUAUCCAUUUGACAGGACUUUCUAAUCACAAGCAUAACAGACAAACCUAGACUGUGACUGAAAAAGGCCAGGGUAUUGCUCCUCUCUGUUUCAAGUUCUCAGCCAUGUGUCUGACCGUUUUAAGCAAAAGACUUUCUUUUAAUGGAAAAUGUGUUACCAUCUGAACAAAUUUGUAAAAAUAAAAAUAAAAUGUUACUGCCUCGUGUGUAAACAGACCACAUUAAAAACCAAAAUCAAGCAGCAACUAUGGGUGAUUCUUUUUUUUUUUCGAAUUAUGGUAACAUCUGAUCUGAAUGAACGUGGCAAUACUUGACUUUCAUGUCCUGGCAAAGGAAAUGUAAUAUAAAGGCACUGCUUGAUUUACCCUCCCCCCCACUCCAACCUGAGACCAAAGUGAUUCUCUUACCUUUGAAGAUUUGUUGGUAAACUCUGUGAAUACUGAUGCAUCUUUAAACCGUAUCAAGUCAAUGCUUUGUCUUAUUUACUGAGGAAACAUAUUACAUCAAGGAAAGACCUGUCACCUAACAAACCACGUGCAAGGUAUUGAAGUACUAUUUUAACCUUAUAAUAGACAUUUUCUGAGCCUA